UCCACUUUUCAAUGAUUGUGCCCCAACUGCCUCCAACAUCAAUAUCGGCUUCACGCCGUCUACACACCAUUUGGAAUCAGUCAUUCCGGGGAAGACUCUAAUCUCCUCGGUACAGUCGAGUUAUACCUGCCAGCGACCUACAGCCAUCCCAGCCCUGUGCUCGACAACGGAGAAGGUGUCUCCAAAACCGUCAAUGCAGGCAAGUACGUAUUAACUUCGAACCAUGAUACGCCCGCCGUAAUUUUGAUUGUUUCCAGCACUCAACCGUUGUCCGUUGCGGCAGAAAAAGCUCCGGCUCGCUUUUUGUCUGUGUACUACCAGAAUGUAAGAUCAAGAACGCUCAACUGCGGUUACGAUUGAGUAGUAGCGAUUAGGACAUGAUUGUUCGAUUGGCGAUUUUCCAUAUUUUUCGACUUUCCUACAACAUUUCAAUAUUUUUUUAAUUACUUUUGAUGAUAAGCAGCUUUUUGUGGACUUUUCGAAUAUUUUACUUUUUCUAUUACGUUUUGAUAGCUUUAUAACGAUUUUGAACGGACUUUUUGAUGAUUUCAUGACACUAACGUUUGCGGUAAAAAAUUGACAAAAAUUGCCGAUUUUCAUGAGUUUACCUUUAAUCGUAACUACUCAUGCAUCAUCAAUCAUAGUAACCCAUGAGUUAGCAAAAAAAAAUGACAGCUCUAUCAGUCAAACUCUAACUGUGAUGGCGAAAAAGAACGGUACCCCGCCGCAUCAAAAAAGGACAUCGUGCGGCACAUUGUGGACGCCGGGUAUGCCCGUUCCGGCAUCUACAACAUCUUGCAACUAUUGAACAACAAUCAGAGCAUCGGAAGAAAGCCCGGUUCCAGACAGCCAACGACCCUGAGCGACAAGAAGCUUCAAAGAAUGCUGAAGAGGAAGACCGAGGGAAUAGUGGCUAAAUCGCGUGUACUUGGCCGGGAAGUUGGUGCGUGCGGUAAAACAGUGAAAAAGUAUCUGGAGAACAUGGACAUACAUGUCAGGAAGCGGUAGUGUCGACACUGAUCUCGAAGCUGCAGGCAAUGAAUAAGAUGGUCAAGUCGAUUUUCCCGGCAAAUCGCGUAAAAAAAGAAUCUGGUGUACUUUGAUUUGGUCCCUUUACGUAGAAGUGGCUUAUCCUAAGGUCCAAACUAAACAAGGCUCUUAAAAUACACACUACGCGUCAGACCGUUUUUCACAUUCUAGAGGUUUUGUGUAGAUAUAACAUGCCCUUAAUCAACUCGAUCGUAUUUUAUGGUCUCUUGCCGUGCGAUCUGAACUUAAAUUUUCUCGCUUCAAAGCGACAUUAUUUAAUUUUAAGACUAUCGCUUUCGGAGUGACAAGUAGAAAAUAACUUGAAAGCUCUAAAAAACGUAACUUCAACACCCAACAAAAGCUUAGCAGCUAAAAAGCCUAAAAAACUCUAAGAGCGAGGAUCAGGAGGAUUCUAAAACUCUGAAAAUCUUUGAAUAAAGAAAAACCAAAAAGCCAAAAGGCUCAGAAGCUCGAAGCUCAAUUAAGUUCAAAACGACUCAAAAAAACCUCUAUCUUUGAAGAUCUCAAAAUAUAUCAAACGCCCAAAAAGACUCAAUAAAACUUCAUAAUUCCAAAAACUAUGGCAGCUCAGAAAACCCAAAGCUCAAAAAAGCUUGAAACUUAAAAGAGCUAAAAAUGUUAACAGUUUAUAACUCAACCAAACUAACCAAACAUAAAAAAAAAAAAUCAAAAAGAUUGACGAGCUCUGAAAAUCUAAUAACAUUUUAACUCUUCAAUAUUCAGAAAAGUUUCAUAGCUCACAAAAUGCUUGUAAUUUUUAAAACUUCAACAGCUGGAAAAAGGUCGGAAGGUGGUAUCCAAGACACGACCGCAUAGUUGACGUAGGACUACAAUAGAUUUAUAUUUCCUUUUGAAGCUCUGUUUGAUAUCAGCUCGUUUUACUUUUGGCAUGGUUCAAUUUGGGCACACAUGUGCCAAAAACGAGCGGUUAUGUUUAAUAACAUUUUUCUAGUUUUCUUGAUAUUUUUAAACCAAUUCAAGCUCAACAUCCUCCAAAAAAAAGGUAUUUUGGUCCUUUAUGCUGCCAAAACGGAUGGAAUCGUUAAACGGUUCCUGAGAAAUGACCGGAACAGGUUCUGGUAAUAUAAUGACCAUGAUCAAAGCAGCCUUUAAUUACUCUGAUGGCAAUAUCAGUAUCUACGUCGUCAGCCUAAUUUCAUCAAGCGACACCUCAAACGACUUGGAACUAAAACUAGUUCAUUGGUGGCCAUAUCUACUGUGAAUGUCAUCUUUGGCCGUUUAAAAAGAAAAAAAAAAGUCAUGAAAAGAGAACCGUUUAUUUUUGGCAUGGUUCGAUUUUGGCAACAAAAAAAGUCUGGCGUGUUUUCAAAAUCGAACGGGGUUUGUGUUAAUAUUAUUAUUUGCAGCACUCUAUUUUGGAAAAAAAUCUCUUCAAUAUUGAUGAAUACCUUUCAUUAUUAAACAUAUAGAAUUUUAUAAAUAUGUCAACUCUCAAUUCAAGUCAAUUUAAACAGUUUAUCAGUAAACAGAAUCAGAAAAAAAUGAAUCAGUUUCAAGAUACCAAAAAACAACGAAGAUUAGCCUCGGCAAUUAAUGUUCGCAUAAUGUUGUUCAAUUACAAGUAAGGUUAUGGAAAGGAACUUCAAUAUCAAGAUGAAAUCAAUUUGGUUUUCCUCUAUACCGCCACCGCGGGAUGCAAAUAGGAAUAUCAUAUUGAACUAAAUUCAUUUAGCUAGCAAAAUAUAAUCAUCAGUACAGCUCAUUUAAUUACCUCUAUAUUUAGUUAUUUUAAUAAUUCUAAGAAAAACAGAGUGAGGAGUUCAAAACUAAACAAAGUAUUUUAUCUGUGCAAUGCACCGAAUUUAUAUACUCUACUAUCUGCCUCUACUGGCACGUACAGAAUUUUGUUGUCCCCGGCGGCGCAAAGUAUUUUUCGGCACCCGAAUAAUCAUAUUAAAUUCUGAUAUUUGCUACUAUACGAAACAAAAAGAAGAAGAUGACAAUCCAAACGGCAAUUCGAUUAUGUUCCAGAUCGCAAAACGAUACCUACGCAUUAACCCAACACGCCUCACUGUGCGUCGACAGCGGCAAUGUAGUCUUCACUUGGCUUGGCUUGGCUUGACAGACAGCGCUCUAUUCAUAUUGGCAUGUUUUCCUUCAAGACAUCAGUUUUAAUAACAUUCUUACAACAGAACGUAAAACUGUCUGAUAGUGGAGGUGGUUACGAACUUUCCGGAAAAGCUUCACCUUUAAGACAUCAAAAUAAUCUAGGGUCAUAGAAGCAAACGUUAGUUGACCUUUUGGGACGGGGAGAUUCUGUCAAAAAAUUUUUGUCACUGCUAUACAGGAUAUCACAGCAGGCAGUUGGUGUCUACUCAUGAAGUCUGUGCCAGGCGUGCUCGCAUGGGAUUGGUACGUUAUUCGUGAAAAUUCGACCUUGAAACUUUUAUGAAAUUUUCACUGUUUAACAAUGAAGUGAUAACGAUAACUGAAGAAUCUCAAAAAUGUCCAUCAUUUGAUCAGUUCAACGACAUAUUGAUUACUGUGAUCCAUCCUGUGGUUACAUCAGUGUUACCGUUUGAAAUCUUUCAUUCCAACGUUACACCUUGGUUUUAGUUUCCGCAGAAUGUAUCUCAAUAUAAUGCGGUAAGACGUAGUCCUACGUUAAAAAUUUCAGGAGUUACUAUGAAGGAUUUCGCUGGCAGCAAAUUUACAUUUGUUUUAAAAAAUUUACUUGCAUUUGAAAAGGGCUGAAGUUUUUUUUUUUCAUAAAUCGAUAUAAGGCAAUCCACGAGACAGUUGCGAUCAGCUGAUUUCAGAAUGUUUUCAACUUAUUCUUGAAUUGUCGUAGAUCGUUUAAAUGAAACACUUGUGGUUUCUACAAUGGUUAACGAUAGACUGACGACUUAUUAGUUUAGUUUAGUUAAAGUUUAUCUUUAUUUUGAUUUCUUGAAACAGUUUUUGUCAAUACAAUGAAUUUAAGUGAUACAGAUAUACUCUUCAACUUUUUUCUCUUUACAUUCUUACAUUUUGGAAAUUUUAAACCUACAUUCUUAUUAGUUGUAAUACACAUGUUGCCGGUUGUAUCGGAAUUUGAUUCAAUUUAAAUAUACAUACAACCUAACCUACUAUUUACAUUUUUUAAAUCUAAGAAAGUUGUCGGAUUAGAUCCGAAUCAGAAGUUGUACAUUUCUGUAAAAGUUUCACAUUCAUUUUACGAAAGCUCUCGGAAAGCAGGUCCAAGCCAGCAGUUGCAUGAACCGAUGAGGUUCUGGUAUCAAACGGAAGGUCCAAUAUCAUUCGCAGAGUUUUGUUCUGGAAGGUUUGUAACUUCAGCAGGUGGGAUGCAGCGCAGGAGCCCCAGAUUAGAGAUGCGUAAUCCAUAACAGGGCAGAUGAUUUGCUUGUAAAUUGCCAGCUUGUUAGGUCUGGAUACUGAAGAACGGCGGUUCAAUAGGCAGUAUAGAUAAUUAAUCAGCAUCAAGCAUUUGUUCAGGGUUCUCUCGACAUGUUGUCGAAAAAGUAGUUUCGUGUCUAACAAAAGGCCCAGAUAAAUUGCCUCAGAGGUCCAUUCGGUUUUCGAGCCGGCCAAUAUUAGUUUACAAUUUUCGGGUGGGUUCAGCCUGCAGGUUUGCCAGUGCUUAAAAUUAAUGGCUUGAGUUUUUUGGUGAUUUAUACGGAUUUUCCAUGUGGUCAUGUAGUCUACGUAAAUUUUCAGGCAACGCUGCACUGGAAGAACCGGAAUGUCCGAGGUAUAUAUAUUGUACAAAAUGGGGCCGAGUAGACUGCCUUGAGGUACGCCAGCUGGGAUACAAGAAACUGUAGACAGUUCACCAUUUAGUGAGACUCGAAAGGACCUUUGAUGAAGACAGUUCUGUAUUACUUUUGUGAGGUAGUCAGGAACGCCGGAGUUGCACAAUUUAUACACUAGACCUUCAUUCCAGACGUUGUCGAAGGCCUUUUCGACAUUUAGUAGCGCCAUGACUGUGGACUUGGAUACUUCUUUGUUUCUGUUAAUGAUUUGUUUCACUCUAAGCAGCUGAUGAAUUGUUGAGUGGCCCUUCCUGAAGCCAAAUUGCUCAGGAAGAAGAAUGUUACUGUCCUCGAUGACUACUAACAGGCGGUCCAGUAGGAACCUCUCAAAUACCUUGCUUAGAGAUGAAAGCAGACUAAUGGGCCCGUAGCUAGCAGGCGAUGUGGGGUCUUUUCAGGCUUAAGGAUGAGAAUAACUUUGGCACUUUUCCAUCUUGUAGGUACGCUGUUGUUUUAGUAAAUUCGAUUUUUGUGUUUACUACGACUUUGAGAGCAAAUCGGCAUAUUUUAUAUUCCGCAGCGAUGCCAAGAGCCUUGAGGGCUUUCAUCAGCUUUUCCAGGGGCAAAUUUUUGAACCAUGAUCGGUGGUAGUUUAACUUUAGUAGCGGGUGGAGCAAUAUUUCCUUGAGAAUCACUAACCGAAUCCACGGCAUCGUCUAUAUCGCUCAGUGCAAUUGAGGCAGGAACGGAUCGUACGGAUGUAGAUGCACUCAGGUCGCGCUUAUUGGACUAACGCAGGAUUUUCUUGUCAGGCUGAGGAUCAUUCAACGAUAUCCUGUCGUUAAGGCGCUUAGGGCUGGGCUUUGACCCACCAGAGCGCCUUUUGCGCUUGGUCGUUACACUGUGUCAGGUCCAACGCGAAACUAAGUAGAUGUAGAAACAAACGAACGCGGAGAUAUGUGAACGCGAUAUUCACGAUAAACAAAACAAAACACGGGAACAAAAAGACAACUCUACUCCUCGAACGACCAUGAAUCAAUCUGACCACUUAUUCUUUAUUAGAGACUAUUUAUACAUGUUGGUAUGGUGAUACUAAAUAACUGUGAGUUUCCAUAGGUGCUGUGUUUACUGGUUGUCGUUAACUCCCACACUCCUCCUCGAUGGUAGUACACCAGCAGCUUUGUAACUUACUUUUUACUCUACUGUCUGUAUACCGGAAAAGCUCAGUAUCAAGAGACCCUGUGAUCAGCGGGGUUAGUAAAUUAAUGUAUUGUUUCGAUAGAAAUCGUCAAUAACCAAAUAAAUAUGAGAGAUAACAAUAAACUUUUUUUGAAAAAAUCGUUUGUUUCAUGAUAGCAAACAACAUUGUAGAACAUUGGAAAUUGUAUAAAAUCACUACUUAAUGUUAUCGUCGGCUUCGUGCAACACUGGCACAACUCAAAAUUUUGCAUUUUUGAGUUUUUGGUGGCAAACGAUGCGAAACCUAGUGAAGUUUCAUCCCACGAAACCCCGCUUCAAAAUCCCCAAAAAAUCCAGAGUUAUGAGUAGAAGUGCACAAAUCGGAAUUUCUACCUAAAGUUAGUAAAAAUAAGGUUUUAACUUGGACAACGUGCUCAUAAUUUGUGCAUAAUAGACCUAGAAGAGUUAAAUGAGGAUUGGUAAUCUUAAAUUUCAAAGUUUUCUAGAAAAUCGAAAUAUAUUUUUUUUUCUUGAAACUAUGAUUUUUGAGUUGGGCCAGUGUUGCAAGAAACCGACGUUAUAUUGAAAAAAAAAAAUUCAUUUAAAUAGGCAGAUAAUUAUAACUGUUUAUUUGGACAUAGGCUGUCAGCCCGAGACCCCUCUCUCAAAUCUAUAUACAAUACAAUACGUGCUUGCGUUUAAGUAUAUUGUUGAUUUCUUAAAUAUAAUUUUAGUCUUCUUCGAAUCCCUCCUGGAGUCUGAACUAAACUUCUGGAGUCAUGUUUAUAGAGAUUUCGUCCUGCAGUUCAUUGAACUCGUUCAAAAAUCUGCUGGUGGGUUCGUGUUGAGUGUAGUUCUUCGUUCUCCGACGACGAAGAGAAACCGGGCUUUCGUUGAAAUUAAGUCGGUCUAAUAAGGAAGUACUUUCAAUCCGUCCACUGAGUACAUGUUGUUGCAGAAGAACACCAUAAUAUUAUCUGCGAUCUUAUGUCUGUUUUUAUCGUUUCAAGAUCUAUUAGACAGUGAAGAUUUCCUAUUCUGGUAGUGCCUAAAAGCGAAUAUUACGAAUUUACGCUGAACUAAUUCAAGUCGCCAAACCACACUCGCGAAAUCCAGUUUUGUCUUGACGAGACUGAUGUAGAUUGCGAGAAUUGCAUGAUGGUCCGUAAAGAAGUAUGGUGUCUUUGACAAAGUUGUUUCUUAUGAAAUAUGCUACAACGUUGCCGAACAAAGUGAAUUUUUAUAUGCAAAAAUAAAAAAAGUAAAAUUCGCUUCUCGCUGUUUGAUGGAUUAAUCACAAAAUUGCAACUUUUAUAAAAUGGAGAAUGAUUAAUGGAUCAAAAUUGCUGAGGCACCACGGCUCUAAAAUCAAUUUUUUUUUAGGUCAAAAUAACUUUGAUCACGUUUUUGCAGCUUUGGAAACAGUGCUCAGCGUGGUGAUAGUCGAUUAGCACUUUGAAAAACUAACUGAACUGGGACGGUAACCCUAAUUCGACGACCACGGAUACAGUCAAAGCCACACUUCCGAUACUUUAUUAAGGUCAAAAUCUCAAGCCCUCAGUUAAAUACCCUCCCGAAACCUUACUCCAGCAAGAUUGGUCAUACCGGAACGAUUUUGAUAAAUUGAUCGUUUUUAAGUGAAUGCAUAUCGCUCUUUCUGAAUACUGAAUUUUGUUCCUAAUCUUUGAUAAAUUAUUUCAACUAAGCUAUCAUUUUUGUCAGUUAUUACCAGUAUAGUUCAUCGUAUUAUUUUCAAGCUUUGUCUUUCGAAUCAUUUGAAUGGUGGUGGGUAUAUUAUUGUCAAAUUAAACUCAUACUGGACUAUAAUCCAAAAUAAAGCUAAUAAAAGAAGUAUGACUUACAAGCACAUAGACGUCUUCACUCAAACAACGCCUUCACUCAACCUCGAAGCAUACAACAAAUCAUACAGCCACGCAAACAUCGUCCGUCGUCAUCAUAAAAUUGCAGCAGCAUAUCAGUUGUUUGUUUAGUCGUCCAUCACUCACGAACCGGCAUUAUGUAGGUAUUCAGUCUUGAUUGCAUCGGCGUCCUAUCGCCAAUAAAGACGUCUGUGUUGUGGUCAGUCCAAUCAGCACUUCUCAGUUCCGAUUGCACAGUCGGAGUUGCGCACUAGGCAAUGAAAUUGACGAUCAUCGGUUACUGGUUGUUAGUGGGCAUUUUUUUGCCCUCCUACGUUGUUCAAGGAACGCACAACACUCCACGGUUAGUUGCGGUACCGGCGGCACCCAUCGGUGAUGGGGUUGACGUCCGUAAAUUUCCAUCAUAUUUUGCGUUUGGAGCGGCAACCGCCGCUUACCAAAUCGAGGGUGGCUGGAAUGAGGACGGAAAAGGUGCCUCGGUAUGGGAUACUCUUACCCACCAGCAUCCGGAGCUGGUAGUAGACAGAGCAAAUGGAGACGUAGCUGCCGAUUCGUACCAUCGAUUCCGGGAAGAUAUCGCUGCACUAGAAGAAGUGGGCUUCUCUUUCUAUCGUUUCUCCAUCUCAUGGUCAAGAAUUCUUCCGGAGGGAGACCUGUCAUCACUACGACUGGCUGGAAUCCAAUACUACAAUAAUCUGAUCAAUUCCCUGCUAGAGGCAAACAUUACACCAGUGGUGACCAUGCUUCACUACGAUGUGCCACAGUACGUGCAAAACCUGGGUGGCCUCGCGUCUCCAUUGUUCGUCCAGUACUUUAAAAUUUACGCCGACACUCUGUUUCGCUACUUUGGAGAUCGCGUCAAGGUGUGGAUUACCCACAAUGAACCGUGGGAUUUCUGCGUAACGGGAUACGGCAGCGGUACCGAGGGUCCUCUGGUACACGCCCCCGGUGUCGGUGAAUAUCUCUGCGCCCAUCAUGUUCUUCUCAGCCACGCUACUGUUUUCCAUCUCUACGACGAGAAGUAUCGUAAGGAACAGGCAGGAAGCGUGGGAAUCACUCUGAGUGGACGUUUCUUCUAUCCGGCUAAUUCUAAAACUGGACCGGAUGUGGUUGAUCGUGCCCUGCAAUAUCAGUUAGGUUGGUUCGCCCAUCCUCUAUUCAGCGGAGCCGGAGGCUAUCCGCCGCUCAUGGUUCAGGAAAUUGCAGAUCACAGCCUUCGGGAGAAUCGUACCAUGUCACGCCUUCCGGAAAUGUCCGACGAAAUAAAGCAGUUUAUUCGAGGGUCCGCCGACUUUUUGGGUUACAAUUACUACAGCAGUCGGCUAGUAGAACUGGACAAAAGAGAUUACAACGAAAGCAGUCCACCGUCAGUGGAAAAAGAUACCGGAGUGUUGUACAGUGUGGAUCGCUCUUGGAAACGGGCCAAAUCGAGCUGGCUUUAUGUGGUGCCAAAGGGUUUACGUGGAGUACUCAAUUGGUUCAAAAAGGAGUACAACAAUCCACCGGUUUUAAUCACCGAAAAUGGGUAUUCCGACGAUGGUCAGCUGGAGGAUCACGAACGGAUAGAUUUCUACCGAAGCCACUUGACGCAACUGUUGGACGCGAUUCUGAUCGACAAGUGCAAUGUGUUCGGCUUCACGACUUGGAGUAUCGUGGAUAAUUUCGAAUGGCUACGAGGUUAUAGCGAAAAAUUUGGUCUCUAUCAUGUCAACUUCUCGAGUUCCAAUCGAGAACGGGUUCCGAAACUUUCUUCAAAAUUCUUUAAAACAGUAAUCCAGUCAGGUACAAUUCCAACUUAGUUUUAUUCAUAACUGUUGGUGAAGGAAAAAGGUGGUAAAAAAAUUCCAUAAAACGUAGUACGUAUAGAGGUUGAAAUACCUUCUUUCCAAAGGAACUAUACUAGAUUAAAUAGAAGAAUAAAAUCAUCAUACAUUUCUUAUAAAAAAAU